UAUAAAGGCCCUCCCCUUUCUUCGUCACGUCCUCUUUCAAUUUGGUGUCUUCUUUGUAGAGACACAUCUCCACAAGAUGAGAGCGAAGUGGAGGAAGAAGCGUAUGCGCAGGCUGAAGCGUAAAAGGCGAAAGAUGAGGCAGAGGUCCAAGUAGACUGGCCCAUUCCCCUACUGCUGUGAUUCUUUUUCUCCACCCACUCAAGCCCUCCGUUUGAAGCCAGCGGUCCAUGAUUUGCAAAGAGCUGAACCAUGGUCGUCUGAAGCCGGUCUCAUUGGUGUGAAGGACAGAUCCUGCCUACCCAGCCCUCUACUCUGCCAAUGGCGACUGGCCGUUGACUACUGCUAGAAUCUCUCCUGUCGUUGAAUUCUGGCCUUUUACCACCUGCACAGCUGAUUUGUUGUCAAGGCCAUAAUAAAUAUUUGGUUUACUAACUACAUUGCUGUCUCUGUAAACAUUGAUUCAGGUUCAAAUUUUAUUUGUCACACAUUUAGCGGGUGUAGUGAAAUGCAUGUCUUUUGGUCCACCCAACUUGCACUGCACUUAAGCUUUUGAUAAUGUUUGAAACUAAUAUCUGGGGAACCAGUUGGGAUGCUUUUGAAGCCCAGUUGCAGCACAAUUUGGUUUACAGCUGUAGGCUUUGAAAUGCCCUGGGGAUCAAGUAAUAAAGUUGAGGUUCCGGCCUAACUUCUCUGUGGGAUAUGAAGAUGACAUCGACAAGAGGCCUUGUACAAUUGUACCUGUCCUAACAAUGAUGUGCAUUCAGUUGCACAAACCCUGUCUAGAAUAGUGGUAUUAUGAAAAUCGCUUGCAGGUUUAUCUUGAUUGGUGCAAACUGGAAGGCCUGGUCUGUGGCACCAUCCAGUGGGUAUGAGGCAAACAGCUAUUGAGAACAUGUCUCAACUUUAAAUUCUUAAGUUCCUUAACAGUGGUCUUCCAGCGUGCCAAGUUCUCUUAGACGCUCGAUUGGCAUGUUCCCUCAUCCUGAAAGGUAUGGCAACUGCACUGCCUGUGACCGGAAGGCACAGACAGCCCAGCGCAAGGCCUGAAACUGCCAGCAACCCCAGACACUUCUGUGCUGCUGUCCAGCAGGCAGUACCAGUGCAUCAAAGCUCAGAAUACUAAUCAGUUUCUAUCCCCUGGCAGUAACACUUAUAUGGCUAACUACUGCUUUCCUGUCCACAUUGAUUGCCAUUAAUAUUUAUCCUGCUACUGGUAGUUAAAAGAAAAGUGAUCUACAUUGUAGAAUAGUUAAUACGACUGAAAUAACACAUGGAAUCAUGUUACCAUAAACAUUUAUUGUAUCUGAAUUUCUUCAAAGCAGCCACCCUUUGCCUUGACAGAUUUGCACACUUGGCAUUCUCUCAACCAGCUUCAUGAGGAAUGCUUUUCCAACAGUCUUGGAAGGUGUUUGCACCUUUCCUUUACUCUGUGGUCCAACUCAUCCCAAACCAUCUAAAUUGGGUUGAGGUCGGGUGAUCUGAUGCAGCACUCCGCUCUCCUUGGUGAAAUAGCCCUUACACAACCUGGAAGUGUGUUUUGGGUAAUUGUCCUGUUGAAAAACAAAUGAUAGUCCCACUAAGCCCAAACCAGAUGGGAUAUCGCUGCAGAAUGCUGUGGUAGCAAUGCUGGUUAAGUGUGCCUUGAAUUCUAAAUAAAUUGCUGUCACAGGCAAAGCACUAUCACGCCAUGUUUCACGGUGGGAACCACACAUGCGGAGAUAAUCCAUUCACCUACUCAUCUGGCAAAGAUGGUUGCAACCAAAAAUCUCAAAUGUGGACUCAUCAGACCAAAGGACAGAUUUCCACCGGUCUAAUAUCCAUUGCUCAUGUUUCUUGGCCCAAGCAAGUCUCCUUAUUGGUGUCCUUUAGUAGUGGUUUCUUUGCAGCAAUUCGACCAUGAAGGCUUGAUUCAUGCUGUCUCUGAACAGUUGAUGUUGAUGUGUUUGUAACUUAAACUCUGAGAAGCAUUUAUUUGGGUUGCUAUCUGAGAUGCAGUUAACACUAAUGAACUAAUCCUCUGCAGCGGAGGUAACUCUGGGUCUUCCUUUCCUGUGGCGGUCCACAUGAGAGCCAGUUUCAUCAUAGCGCUUUUGCAACUGCACUUGAACAAAUGUUCAAAGUUCUUAUUUUUUUUAAUUGACUGACCAUGUCUUAAGUAAUGAUGGACUGUCAUUUCUCUUUGCUUAUUUGAGAUGUUCUUGCCAUAAUAUGGACUUGGUAUUUUACCAAAUAGGGCUAUCUUCUGUAUACCACCCCUACCUUGUCACAACACAACUGAUUCGCUCAAACACAUUAAGAAGGAAAGAAAUUACACAAAUGAACUUUUAACAAGGUACACCUAUUAAUUUAAAUGCAUUCCAGGAUACUACCUCAUUAAGCUGGUUGAGAGAAUGCCAAGCGUGUGCAAAGCUGUCAUCAAGGCAAAGAGUGGCUACUUUGAAGAAUCUCAAAUAUAAAUCAUAUUUUGCUUUGACACUUUUUUGGUUACUACUUUUGGUUACUACAUGAUUCCAUGUGUGUUAAUUCAUAGUUUUGAUGUCUGCACUACAAUGUAGAAAAUAGUCAAAUAAAGAAAAAGCCUUAAAUGAGUAGGCAUGUCCAAACUUUCGACUGGUACUCUAUAUUCUUAUGCGCAAUGCGGAGUGCCUGGACAUAGCCCUUAGCUGUGGUAUAUUGACCAUAUACCACAAACCCCCGAAGUGCCUUAUUGCUAUUUUAAACUGGUUACCAAUGUAUUUAGAGCAGUAAAAAUAAAUGUUUUGGCAUACCAGUGGUAUACUGUCUGAUAUACCAUCGACUGUCAGCCAAUCAGCAUUCAGGGCUCGAACCACCCAGUGUAUAAAUGACCAUUAGUAUAUUACCAUAAGUAUGUAUAUAUUCCUGCUACCAGUCACUUUUCAGCCUGGUUUACAUGUAUAUUCUACUACCAGUCACUUUUUAUUUAUAAAUCCACCUCAACCGCUCCAGUACCCCUUCACAUUUAGUAUGGUACUGGUAGUGACCUGUAUGUGCUUGCAUUCUCGUGUUUCUAACUCACAUUGUAGUUUUUGUGUGGUUGACAUUUUUCAUAUUGUUGGGAAACAGCUAUCAAGGUACGGUUUUACACCUGCUGUAUCCUGUGCACGUGGCGAAUAAACUUUGAAACUUGAAAAUAAUAAUUCCCUUAACCCAAAAUGUAUAAUUAAUUUUGAGAACCGGAAUACAAGACUAGCUCCUUCCACUGAGGGACGAUAGUGAGUCGUUUUCAACGCAUAUCCUGCGAUAAGACACCACUGAGAAAGAAGAGUCUAAAACAUUUUUUUUUACAGUCUAUAGUGUAAACAGAAGGAUAUGGCCGACGAGAGGGGUGCAGGCGACAACAAUAUCAACGACAACAUGGGCAACCAACUACAACUCUUACCCGAAAAUGAAGAGGAAGAGGAGAAUGAGAUGGAGACUGAGGACCGUGACAGUGAGGAUGCAGAAAAACCAAACAUAAACUUUGACCCCAGUCUUCCAACUUCACAUGCUUACCUGGGCUCAGACAUGGAGGAGUUUCAUGGGCGCACGGUGCACGAUGACGACAGCUGCCAGACCAUCCCAGUGCUGCCGUUCACAGCUGUCAUGCUGAUCCCAGGACAGACCCUGCCGCUGCAGCUCUUCAGACCGCAGGAGGUCAGCAUGAUGCGAAGCAUUAUCCAGAGAGACCGCACCUUUGCUGUUCUCGCACACAGUGAAACAGGCGAGGUGCAGGCAGAGUUUGGGACGACGGCUGAGAUCUAUGCUUACCGGGAGGAGCAGGAGUACGGAAUUGAGACAGUCAAAGUGAAGGCAGUCGGACGGCAGCGGUUCAAGGUCCAUGAGAUCAGAACCCAAGCAGAUGGAAUCAGACAGGCCAAGGUGCAGAUCCUCCCCGAGCGGAUCCUUCCAGACCCCCUGACUGCAGUGCAGCUCACGCCCCUGUCCCGCCUCCACAUGCACCCCUCCUCCAGACCCCCAGCCCAGAGCUGCAAACAGGCCCAGCGCUGGUGGGCCACCUACCGCCAGAGGAAGUUCCACUGUGCCAACAUGACCUCAUGGCCUCCCUGGGUCUACGCCCUCUAUGACUCUGAGACUCUGAUGAAGAGAGUGAAGAGACAGCUCCAUGAGUGGGACGAGAACCUCAAGGAUGAUUCUCUCCCCACAAACGCUAUAGAUUUCUCCUAUAGAGUGGCGGCCUGUCUGCCCAUAGAUGAUGCCCUUCGGCUCCAGCUGCUGAAGAUUGGCAGUGCCAUCCAGAGGCUGCGCUGUGAGCUGGACAUCAUGGCCCGGUGCACCUCGCUGUGUUGCAAGCAGUGCCAAGAUACAGAGAUCACCACCAAGAACGAGAUCUUCAGCCUGUCUCUGUACGGCCCCAUGGCAGCCUAUGUCAACCCCCACGGCUACGUCCAUGAGACCCUGACCGUCUACAAAGCCAGCAACCUCAACCUGGUCGGUAGGCCGUCCACGCUCCACAGCUGGUUUCCAGGGUAUGCCUGGACGAUCGCUCAGUGUCGUACCUGUGCUUCACACAUGGGCUGGAAGUUCACAGCCACCAAGAAAGACUUGUCCCCUCCUCGUUUCUGGGGCUUGACCCGCUCGGCCAUGCUGCCCCGCAUCCCCCAGACUGAGGGUGAGGAGGGGGACGAGGGCUCCCGCCUGCUCUGCCUGUGACAACAUGGGGACCUCCCCUCCCCACCCCCCAUGUCCCCAACGGGUCUUCGAUCGCCCCACCCUGUCCACAGGGCAAGGGUCUCUAUUUUAGUAAUCGAUGCGUCCCGCCCAACCCCCUGACAGCCAUGGCAGCACAUUCAUCAUAUUAGUGUAAAGGUCAUCCUGCUUUAAAAUGGCAUUUUCUAACAUAGAGAGAGGGGGGCGAGAGAGAGCAAGGAGAUGGGAGGGGUGUUUUGUUCCUGACUGCAGGGACACUGGUGAUGGAAUGCGUUGCACAUCGACAGAUAGAUGUGGGGAAUGGAGCAAGAGAUUAGUUCUGCAACACGGCAUAUCUUCCCCAUAGCAUGCUACUCUUGACCUGUCUGUAUGGCUGUCUACUGUGGUCUGUGUCUGUGCUAUUUGCCACAGACACGGCACGCACCAGUGCAUUGCCACUUGCUCUUAAACAUAGUGGGUGUGACUUUGCAUGCGGUAUCCAGCUAGGUGUAUAUAGGCUUAUAGACAGCCAUCAAGAGGACCUUUAGUCCCCAUAAUCUAUCUCUAAACAAACCAAUCAAUAGAAAACCACUUGUGAUUCAGGUCCACUGUUUGUCCUUGAUGUGUUUCUCAGAGAAGCUCAGUCCAGCUGGAUCGGGUCAUGGAGAGUUAAACCAUGUUAAAUUCACGGUUUAGACUGUGUACGUACAUAUGAAAGUAUACUGCUUUUACAAGGAUGUAUCAUGCCUUUGUUUCAUAUGCUCUUGGAAUGAAUAUUAUGGAGUAAUUCAGAACAUGAACAUUGUAAGGAAGCUAUUGCUUUAUUUUGAAAUGCGUGGAAAUAUAUUAUUUGAUUGGUUAUCAUAUUUUCACAUUGUCUAAAAUGUACAGUAUAUGUAAUACACAUGUAGAGAUAGAGGUUUCUAUUUUGAAACGGGUGGAGGCCCAUUGAACUGCAAGACACUCCUUGAAGACAAGGAGUACCUCUGGUUAUUGAAGACUAGAGUUGGUCUGAUGCCUGGUGUAAUAUAGACUUGGAUAGCAGGGCACAAGGCAGUGGAGCCAGAGAUACUAGAAUUUCAGUCUUUCGCCAUGGUUCUUCUAUAUGUGAUGUUGCUGCACUAAGGGCAUGGCUGGAUGACGUGCCUAUGGUCCAAUUCAAUGUCUAAUGAGCCACACAAUUAAAUGGGACAUUGUGUUAAUUAAUCUGUAUUGGUUGAAAAUGGCAACAUCAUAUCAAGUGUUACCUACAUAACUAUAUUUUUGUUUAGAUCAAUGUAUUUGUUUUAAAUUAAGAAUUGUAUUCCUUGCUGAUGUACAAGGUUAUUUUGGCUCAUGUUUGUAAGUAACCAAUAAGAAUCAAUGAUAGCAAUUCUGGUCUGAUAUAACUGAUUUAUCUAUGUAGAACCUCAACACUCUUGCCCCUCCCAUUGCAGUGUAUUUCCAUUUUAGAACAUGUAAUACAUGAUUGAUUUGUUCAGCUCGAUUAUCAACAUUUGAGUAAAGUAAUUCCACGCAAUAAGAAAUGUUCUACAAUACGA